GGGCCCACGGGAAAAGACAUGAGUUUGGUAAGUCUCGCCGCCGAUUAGCUGGCUAUAUCUUUUCUGCCUUUCCUUACGGCGGGAGGGAAUCGAAAUACUAAACCCGGUAUAGUAAGCAAAGAACCCAGAAGUUAAAACCUCCCGUUUGGAACUAUUCUGCUACCAUCGUCGGCGUUAUGGAGGGGGAAGGGACGGCGACGGAGAGACAAAGAAGGGCGACGGAGAGACAAAGAAGGGCGACGGCGAGCCAGGUGGAUCAGUGGGCUGUUCAGGAUCACGUGUUUAAGAUUUACGGCGCUUUCGCCAGCAUUCCUCGCAGCGCUCAAUCUGUAAUAUUGGAACUUCAACGAGAUAAACAUGUAGAGUAUCUAACCAGAGGACUCCAGCAGCUCGGUCCCUCAUUCGUUGUAUUGGAUGCUAAUCGACCUUGGCUUUGCUACUGGAUCUUGCACUCAAUUGCUCUACUUGGGGAAUCAGUUGAUGAUGAAUUGGAGGAUAAUGCCAUCGACUUUCUUAGCCGUUGUCAGGAUCCAAAUGGUGGCUAUGGGGGUGGACCAGGGCAGAUGCCUCAUCUUGCAACAACAUAUGCUGCAGUCAAUUCUCUUGUCACUUUGGGCGGACAUAAAGCGUUGUCGUCAAUUAAUAGAGAUAAUUUGUACAAAUUCUUAAGCCGAAUGAAAGACUCAAGUGGAGCCUUCAGGAUGCAUGAUGCUGGGGAAAUUGAUGUAAGAGCUUGCUACACUGCAAUUUCGGUCGCAAGCAUUCUGAACAUUUUGGAUGAUGAGCUGGCCAAGGGCGUUGCAAAUUAUAUCUUGAGUUGUCAGACUUAUGAAGGUGGUAUUGCGGGGGAACCUGGUUCUGAAGCUCAUGGAGGGUACACGUUCUGUGGAUUGGCUGCUAUGAUUCUCAUCAACCAAGCCAAUCGUUUGGACUUGGCUAGUUUAAUUGAUUGGGUAGCCUUUCGACAAGGAGUGGAAUGUGGGUUUCAAGGCAGAACGAACAAGUUGGUUGAUGGCUGUUACUCCUUCUGGCAGGGAGGUGUAUUUGCACUGCUGCAAAGACUGCAAGCAUUUGGCGGGGAAGGCUUUGGGACUUCUGAUGUAGAAGUAGAGUGGGUUUCAGAUAGUACUUCUGAAGGAGAUGAUGAAGAUAGGGAUUCAUCAGAUGAUAAUGAAGCUUUCCACCCUGAGCAGAACCAGGAAGGCCAUCAAAGCUCAUCUCAUUCACCUGAGAACAGCACAGCGGUUCACAUUCAGCAUUCAAGACACAAUCAGCUGGAACCUCUAUAUCAUAAUAUGGCCUUGCAGCAGUACAUUGUCCUGUGCUCCCAGGAACAAGAGGGAGGGUUCAGGGACAAACCAGGGAAAGCCAGGGACUAUUACCACACUUGCUACUGCUUAAGCGGGCUGUCAGUGUGCCAGUACAGCCGGUCGAAGAACGAGAACUCGCCGCCAUUGCCGACAUCUGUGCUGGGACCUUAUUCCAACCUCUUAGAGCCCAUACACCCUCUGUACAAUGUAGUGUCUAGGCAGUACCAUGAUGCUCGCGAGUUCUUCUCAGAAUAUUGAACCUGGUCCACCUCUUACUGUUAGGCAUGAUGCUAUUAAGUUAACUAACAGUAACAUCCAUUUUCCAGCUCUUCUUUGUGUCAUCAUGUAUGUGUAUUAUUUUGUUCGAUGAGUGGUAUCAUCAUGUGUGUGUUGUAACAUUCAAUAAUGACAUUCAAGUAUUGAGUAAUCUUAGAUUAGACUUAUUGUCACCAAAGUAAUGAUAUUGUUUUUAGUAUUAUCAUCAUUAUUGGUAUGUGAUAUGGAUACUAAUCAUCACCACCAAAUAUUCAUAGAUUAGAUUUAAACCCAGUAGUUCGUCCAUGCAUUUGCUAAUUGUUAACGCAUAAAAAAUAGAUAAAUCGUUCAGGUUGAA